AUGUCAGGCUGGGAGGAAGAAGUGAAGGGUUCCCUUCCCAAGGUCGACGCAGCCCCCGCCGCCCCCGCUACUGAGCACCCCACGAAGCAGGCGGGAUGGGUUGAGCAAACCGCCUACGACUACGAGGAUCUCGCGAACAAGGAUGCCGAAGGCGUCACGUGGGAGAGCGCUGCUCGAGUCUACGAGUGGGAUGGCGAGGAGGGAGACCUCGGCCCGGAGCACGAGGAGCUUGAGCGCAUCCUCUUCGGUGAGCCGCACGACAGAGAGCCCCAAGGCAUUGACUUCUCCAAGGUCGCCGAGAUCGCGGUUACCCAGGAGGGCAUCAAGCGCAUCCAGAAGGUCGACACGUUCGAGGAUGCCGGUCUGCACCCGGUCAUGCUUAAGAACGUUAAGCUUGCUGGAUAUCAUGUGCCCACCCCCAUCCAGCAGUACUCGAUCCCUGCCAUCAAGAUGGGUCAUGACCUGAUUGCCAUCGCUCAGACUGGCUCUGGAAAGACUGCGGCGUACUUGGUCCCCAUCAUCAACCACCUCAUGGGGAAGGCCAAGAAGCUUGCCGCUCCCCGUCCGCCCCCUGCUGCGAUCGCGUCCGGCGAAGCUGGUCCCGUGCGAGCAGAGCCGCUUGUCGUUAUUGUCUGCCCCGCUCGCGAGCUGGCGAUACAAAUCUUCAACGAAGCACGCAAGUUCUGUUACCGCACCAUGCUUCGUCCCUCCGUCGUGUACGGAGGUGGUCCUCUGCGGGACCAGAUCGAGAACCUGCAGAAGGGCUGUGACAUCCUAAUCGCCUCGCCCGGUCGACUCAUCGACAUCAUGGAGCGCCCCCAUGUGCUGAGCCUUCGACGGGUCAAGUACAUAGUCAUCGAUGAAGCGGACGAGAUGCUGCACCAGGACUGGGAGCAAGAGUUCAAUAAGAUCCUGUGUGGUGGAGAACAAGAGGAGGGCAACGUCAAGUAUAUGCUCUUCUCGGCGACUUUCCCCACGGCCGUCCGACAGCUCGCCAAGACUCAUCUUGCGGAGUCCCACGUUCGCAUCCGAGUCGGCAGAGUCGGAAGCACCGUCAACACCAUCAAGCAGAACAUCAUCUAUGUUCAGCCAUCGAAGAAAAAGCAGGCCCUUCUAGACCUACUUUUCUCAAUCAAGCCUGCGCGCACGAUAAUUUUCGUCAACAGCAAGCGCAUGGCCGAUGAGCUUGAUGAUUUCCUCUGGCACAAGGAGCUGCCCUGCACCUCCAUGCAUUCUGACCGCACUCAGCGCGAGCGCGAGGAUUCCAUGCGCGCAUUCCGCAGUGGCAAGACUCCGCUUCUCAUCACCACUGGUGUAAGUGCUCGAGGAAUUGACGUGCGCAAUGUCAUGCAUGUGAUCAACUUCGACCUUCCGAGCAUGGAGCACAGUGGCAUUGUCGAGUACACCCACCGCAUUGGUCGUACUGGACGAAUUGGUCACCACGGGCUGGCAACGUCCUUCUACACCGACCGCGACGAGGACAUUGCGAAACUCUUGACCAUGACACUCAUCGAGAACAACCAGCCGGUCCCCGACUUCUUGGAGCAAUACAAGCCUCAAGAAGACGAGAAACUCAAGUUUGAGUAUGAUACCGACGAAGAGGACCCCGAUGCUGCAGGUGGUGGUGCCUGGGGUGAUGCCCCGGAUGGUGGUGCUGAUGAUGCCUGGGGUGCGCCUGCUGCCACCGCUGGUGGCUGGGGUGCGGAGGAUGGCGCUGAGGAUACUGCCGCGGGUGCUACCAACGGUGGUGCUACCAAUGGAUGGGGUGGCGCCGACACUGGUGGUGCGUCUGGUUGGGAUUAA